AUGAACACACGCCCCAUUGGCAGUCGCAUGCGGACAUUACGCCACUGCGCGCGACAGCAGCGACAGUUGACCACGUCGCGUCAGCGCCUAGGGUCUAAAGAGGAUGGCGAGGCGGACGCCCACGACGUGCGUAUGCGCCAUCUAGGCAGGAGGAUAUCGGACGACUACGCCAAAGUGCGCGACACCUACGACACACCCAAGAACAUUGUUGUCCUGGCCCACGGGCUGCUGGGCUUCUCGGAACUCCGGGUAUCGCGGUUCCUCCCGGCGGUACAGUACUGGCGCGGCAUAAAGGAGGCACUGGAGGCGCGCGGGGCCCGGGUGAUUUGCACCACCGUGCCGGCGACGAGCUCGAUUGUUGAGAGGGCGGAACGGCUUCGGGACGAGAUUGACGAGGCUGUCGGGAGCAGCGACGACGUCAACAACGACUGCAACCGAGACAACAGAGACGGCGACAACGGCAACGACAACGGCAACAACAAUGGCAACGGCAGCAACGACAGGUUGCCCAAGAUCAAUGUGAUUGCGCAUUCCAUGGGCGGCCUGGACGCGCGGUACAUGGUCAGCCAGUCGCCGCCGGUCAGGGCCAGGGUGGCGUCGCUGGUGACGGUGUCGACCCCCCACCGGGGCAGCUACAUAGCCGACAUGGUGCAGGAGGCUGGCUGGCUGACGUCGGCGGCCAUGCUGUCUGCGCUGGUGGGCGCGGGGCUGGGCAGCGGCCAGGCGUUUGCGCAGCUGACGCGCCGCUACGUCCAGGGCACGUUUAACCCGGGGACCCCGGACGUGCCAGGGGUGGAGUACAUGUCGUACGGGGCAGAGAUGACGGAGCUGUCGCGGGCCAGCGCGGCCGAGAGGCACCUCCCCCUCGGCGGCGGCAAUCCCUUCCGCGUAGCCUGGCGGUACAUGAUGGAGGUCGAGGGCGCCAACGACGGGCUUGUCAGCGUCGAGAGCGCCCGCUGGCGCGAGUACCUCGGCACGCUGGUGGGCGUGAGCCACAUCGACCUCAUCAACUGGUCUAAUCGGGCCAGAUGGGCUGCUGCUGAGUCGCUGGGGCUGGGGCUGACGCCACGCAUGGCGAAGACGUUUAAUGCCGUUGCCUUCUACCUCGAUGUGGCCGACAUGUUGGCCAAGAGGGGAUUAUAG